GAAAAAAAAAAUCUUUCACAACAUAAAAUUUUUACUCAGCUCUGUUUUUAAGGACUGGUGGGCUGCCAAAACUGAGGCUUCUGAAUCUACGAGCGGGUCGCAGGCUGGACGAUAGCACUGUAAUUGCCAUCAGCCAUGGUUUCCCCACUUUACGGGAACUCUGCGUCAGACAUUCUGAACUACUGUCUGACACUGCAUUCUCACAGAUCUACCAUCUGGAACACCUUGAAAUAUUGGACGUGUCAGGUUGCACAGGUCUCGGUGGGGCGUUUGUCCCCUACCUCGUCAGGCUACCACAACUUCACACGUUGGUCAUGGAAGAACUGGAGUUUCCGAAGCUGCAACCGGGUCUGAGCAGUAUCCUCGAAUUGUCCGGUUUGCGCGCACUGUCACUCAGCUGGUCCCUUGUUACUGGAAUGCCAUUUGAUAGAUUUCCAGGGAAUCUUGUCAGUCUCAGGGAGCUGACUGUACACUGGUGCAGAGGUGAUCCUAAAGCAACAGAUGGGCUGACUGAGCAGAUGCCCAAGCUUAAAAUUCACGGCUACUUUGAAGAGGAGGAGCCAGACAGUGACAGUGAUAAUAGCAGCAGCAGCAGCAGCAGCAGCCAUCGUGAGAGUGAUAAUGAUGAAAGUAAUAUAUCUGUUCUCUUUUCAGAGGAUGUAUAAAAGUGAUAUGAUAUUUAUAUACAAGGGUAUAACCGAUCACAUCUUGGCUCUAACUAUGUAACUUGAUCACACCUUUUGUGAUUGAACUGUCAAAUUUUUGUAAGAUUGUUGCUAAACUGGCUUCGCUGUAAUUUCAUGUUAACAAAGGCAAAAACUGUUUGGAAGUAGCCACGCGCUUGGAAGUGCAAUGUCAUGGUUUGUGCGGCCCCUCCCACUGGAGGUUCGAGUCCUCCCUCGGGCAUAAGUUAGUUCAAGUAGUGUGUAAGUGACCA